AUGCCAAACGCUAUCGGUAUCGACCUUGGCAUCUCGUAUGUUUCCAUUGCUGUCGUCCAGGAUGGGAAUGUCCACAUCAUCCCGGACAUACAUGGUCGCAAGAGAAUUCCAUCACCGUACCUACUGCGCACUCCUGUCACUCACAAUAUCAACCCCGCAAAUGUGAACCCGGUGUGCAGACCUCUUCGUUAUAGCAAGGAAGAUGCCAGGGUCAUCCUUGCUGCGGCCAAAGCCUUAGCCGAGUCCUAUGUUGGUACCCCUGUUGAUGAUGCUGUUAUCACCGUGCCAUCAUUUUAUAAUGAUAUGGAACGUGUCGAAACAAGAGAUGCGGGACGUCAAGUCGGACUCAAGGUCCAUCGGUUAUUGAACACUCCAACGGCCGCUGCUAUAGCCCAAUGGGCUGACUUCCCAACGUUUGACGCCCAUCUCAUGCUAGUAUUGGAUAUUGGGGCCCGAGGAGCUGAAUCUACUAUUUUGGAUGUUUGCAACGGUCUUUUUGAGGUCAAGUCAAGCCACGGCGACUGCCAGCUGGGCGGACACUCGUAUGAUCUCAAGUUACGCCGUUACCUUGAAUAUCAUACGCGAGAUCAGAUUCAAGGCGGAGAUCUGGAAUCCCUUCUUAGCAGAACCGAGGACUUGAAAAGAUCCUUAUCCGUCCGUGAAUCAAUAUCGGAUGCGAGCGGUGUUGUUAUUACGCGGAAGGAGUAUGAGGACGUCUGUAAAAGCAACUUUACAGCGACUGUUGACCUCGUGAAGAGGACUCUCCAUAUUGCCAAGGUUGAAAAAUCUGAUAUCCAGGAAGUGGUCUUCGUUGGCGGUACUGCUAGCACACCGAUACUCCAAAAGAUACUAGCAGACUUCUUUGGCUGUUCAAGAAGAGACUUAUACUGUCCUCAAAUGGCGGCCGUUCGCGGAGCGGCACUGCAAGCAGCAUCUUUGACAGACCGUGUGCUUUUUCCUGAACUGCUUAUCCUAGAUGUGGUUCCUGGCCCAAUUCAUAUUGAGCUUCUACCAGGAUUUUUAUUGCAGCUCUGGCCCCGAAAUACUACACUGACCCGUGAAUCCUCAAUUAUUAUUGAAGCAUUGUCUCCUGAAUAUCUCCCGCGAUUUGUCAAACUUAUAGAAGGAGAUAGUAGGUCAGUCAGGACCCUCGGUAUCUUUGAUCUCCGGUGCCUCCAGCUACCUUCGGACUGUCAGGCUACUAUCGAAAUCAAGGUCUCCAUCGAUUUGGAUGGUAUUGUGGAUGCAGAUGUAGCUCUACGCCACCCGGAAAGCGGUAUUACCAUUCCAUUGCAAAGAAUGCCCGUGGCGGAUAACCAACCAAAUAUGGAUGAUGACACCAAAUUGAUACAACCAAGUGAAUCACCGUCCACGGCCUUAUUGGAGUCGUAUAUCAGCUUCCUUCAACUAAUUGCUCCUAAACUCUCGACUGAAUGUCAAAAUACCUUAAGAGCAGCCAUCGUUCAUGUAGAAUCCACAAUGACACAACAAUCUUCAAAAACAGGUCAGGCAAGAGCCAUGGCAUUGGAAUAUCUGAUUCGGUAA